GAGCGCCGGUCAAUCUUAUAUAAAUAGGACCAGGUUAGGACUGCCAGGACCAUUUCGUCGUGGAUAGUCUCAAUCGUACGUACCGUGACUAAGGAACCGUGGCGUUGAACCCAAUCCUAUCUGCAAACAUUUGGUGGUCAUAAAUAAGUCAAACACAAUCCCUACAUCAUGAACAUCUACGAUAGAAUGAAACGGUGGGAGGGUAAGGUCGCGGUUGUAACGGGAGCCAGCGGUGCCAUCGGUGGGGCUAUCUCGAAAGAACUGGUCAAAGCGGGAAUGAUCGUAUGUGCCCUUGCCCGAAGGCGAGACAAAGUGGAAAAACUACGAGCCAGCCUUUUCGAUGUGGCCGGAAAUCUGAACUGCGUUGAGUGUGAUAUCACAUUGGAAGAGGACGUCAAGCAUGCCUUCGGCUGGAUCGAGGGUACCUACGGUGGAGUUGAUUUGCUGGUUAACAACGCAGGGGUGAUUACCAAGUGCCUGCUGACAGAGAAGAACAACACCAAGGAUUUGUAUACCACAAUGGAAACCAACAUCAUCGGGCUGUGUCUGUGUACCCGAGAAGCCGUCAAAUCGAUGAAGCAACGAGAUGUCCAUGGGCACAUAAUCAAUGUGAAUAGUAUAUUCGGCCAUAAAGUGCAUCAGGCAGUGCCUGGGACGAGGCCACUGAAUGGCAUGUAUCCGGCCUCUAAGUAUGCCGUCACCGCCAUCACCGAAUGCAUUCGUCAAGAGCUAAUCUAUCUUGAUUCGCAGAUUAAAGUAUCGAGUAUCAGUCCCGGGUUAGUAGAGGGCGACAUCGUUGCAAAUCACACCGCCGGCGAUAACGACCUCGUGAAGUACAUGCCAAAGUUGAAACCGGAGGAUGUGGCCGACGCGGUGCUGUACGCCAUAACCACACCCGAUAAUGUUCAAAUCCACGAGCUUGUCAUCAAACCGAUGGGAGAAUUUAUUUAAAUAAAUCUUCGUCCAUUACAGCAUAGCAUAUGUCUGUAUACGACGACACGAACAUUCAAUAAUCCUAAAAAUGUAGGGAAAUUCAAAUUAAGAACAAGAAGAAACAAAAGUAUGCUUUCAAGCGCCAUCUUAUUUAUUUUAGAUCUUAUUUUUAUACAGCAAUAAACAAAAAAAUCACUUCACUGAAAACUA